GCGGUCGCUGUUGGACGCGAAUUGUCCUAAUCGUUUUUGCGAUUGUUGUGUAUGAUUUUGCUGUUGUUUAUUUUCGCUUUCGUGAUAUGGAUUCCGUGCCUUUAAUUCACUUUGUUCUGUAAUUGAUGAUACAUAUUAGCGAGUAAAGUGUUGAGGUUUGUUUUCGAUCGUAUUAAGAGUGUAUACAUUGGCAAUCCACUACACUUGUUGAUAGCGUGUUUGUAACGGUGGAUGUGUUAUUUAGUUUGAUGUGUGGCUUGAGAUUUGAGAAUCAUUCUACAGCAGAUUUACGGUUCUAAGCCACAGAUUUCGCAGUGAAUAAUCCAUUCGAGUGUUUUCACAGUACGGAAGUGUACGGUUUCAGCGAUAAAAGUGACAGACAAAUAUUGAAUACCACUGUGUCAUCGACAAAAAGCAUCGAAGAAUUCACAGCCAAACUCGAAAUUGGUUAAGUGAAUCAAUUGAAACGGUUGACCCCCCUACUGUGAACCCGUGCGAAAAAACCUUCUUCGAGCAAAGUCUGCUGCAAUAGAGUCGUCUGCCUAUUCGCUUUUUGCGAGUUAAUUAGGGUGAUAUUGGUGAGGUGUAACACAGUAGAAUUGUGAAAGCCAUUUCUUCCGGGAAAGUGUGGCUUUCAGUGUUACCGAGUAUCGAUUUUCUCUGUCUGUCGGGUAACUGAAUUGAACCGAGAGUCGUACAAACUGCAGAACCAGUGGAGUGGUGCCUUCGCAGUUACAUACUUGUGCAGUGUGCUAAGUGCGAUUCAUGACGACAACAGUGGUGACACGUGUGUUUGUUUGUAGCAGCUAGAAGAAAAGUGUGGAACAGAUUAGAGCAAGCGUGCGUGCAGCGGACCAUAACCCGAAAGACAAUGCUGCGAUCAUUGUAAUUCACCGCCAGUUAGCAGUCAGUUUAAAAGCCAAUUAAGAAGCCGGGCUCAAAGGUGAAUCCGAUUCGGCCGGUGUGUUUGCGUGUCAGUGAUUUCCCUACAGUUAAGACGACGAUGACCAUUCCUCAAUCAAGCGUGAUGGCGACGGCGACGGGGACAGGUGUCAGUCCUACUCUGACCGUGGCACCGACCGGAACAACAACGGGUGGAUCAUCGACGGCAUCCACAUUCAGUUGUUGUCCAGCGAAUGGUGAAAGCUCAUCGAUUGGAGAGGAUUCGAUCGAGUUGAGUGAGGGCGGCAGUCAGGGGAACAAUAACACCAUGUUCCAUAAUGGGUUCCUGGAGAAGGAGGACUAUCACUUUCCGAAGAGACCACCGGUGGAUAUUGAAUUCCGGGAUAUUCGGUAUACGGUGAAGAAGCUCAACAUUACCAAAGCGAAAUUCGAAAGCAAAGAAAUUCUGCAUGGCCUGAAUGGAUCGUUCAAUGCCGGAGAAUUGACAGUGAUCAUGGGCCCCUCGGGGGCAGGAAAAAGCACAUUGCUCAACAUUCUAGCCGGUUACGUAUCCUCCGGCGUCAGCGGGUUGGUCCAGGUGAAUGGCAAAAACCGUUCGCAUAAUUCACAAAGCUUCAAGAAGCUGUCCUGCUACAUCCAACAGCACGAUGCCCUCCGUCCCUGGCUAACGGUCAACGAAGCCAUGAGCUGUGCCACCCACCUGAAGCUGGGCUUUAGCAUAAGUCACGAAGAGAAGCAGAAACUGAUCGAGAAGAUCCUGUUCAUGCUGGGACUGGAGCAUCAGGGCAACACACCCACCCACGGCCUAUCGGGAGGACAGAAGAAACGGCUCGCGAUCGCGCUGGAGAUGAUCAGCAACCCACCGAUACUGUUCCUGGACGAACCGACCACCGGAUUGGACAGUUCGUCCUGCACGCAGUGUAUUUCUUUGCUCAAAAGGUUGGUCCAAGACGGUCGGACGAUAGUGUGUACGAUCCAUACACCCAGUGCGUUGCUGUUUGAAAUGUUCGACAAACUGUACACCGUUACCCAGGGUCACUGUUUCUAUCAGGGCCCAGCGAAAGAACUGUUACCAUUCCUAUCUAAUCUAGGAUAUAACUGCCCAAGUUACCACAAUCCAGCGGAUUUCAUGAUGGAGAUCGCCGUUGGUGAGUACGGAGCCGAUGUGGCCAAAGUGAUAAAGGCUGCCUUGAAAAAGUACUACGAAAUGAGCAGCGAAUGCAUCAAGCUAGAUCCAGUCUUUGACGAUGUGAAACCCGUCGUGGCCAGGUUUGACUUUUCCGAUGUUGAUUCAAAGGACACUGCCGCCAGCAAAGUGGACGAGCUGCUUCAAAUCAAGGAACGAGGUGGCAUCGCUGGCGGAACCCUAGACUCCCCAGACAGUGAGCUGUGUCCGGAGAUUGUCGAUAACACCAUGCCGGCGUCAUUGGUGAUGCAGUUUCUACUGUUGCUCUAUCGGAAUCUGCUAAUGCUGAGGCGGAAUUAUUUCCUACUGGGAAUUCGCCUAUUUGCACACGCUUCCAUCGCAACAUUGUUCGGAUACAUCUACCAAGGCGUCGGCCCGAACGCCAAUCAAGUGCUGGCCAAUUACGUAUACCUGUACGGAUCUCUGCUAAUGUUGGUCUACACGGGGAAAAUGGCAGUCGUAUUAUCAUUCCAAGUCGAAAUGGAAUCUCUCACCCGGGAGCACUUCAACCGAUGGUACAAGCUGGGACCCUACUUUCUCUCGGUGUUGAUCAUUGAAGUUCCUGUCCAGAUCGCCUGCUCAAUGAUCUACGUCGUGAUAAGCUACCAUCUGACCGGGAACUACCACACAUUUGAUCGGUUUCUACUGUUUGCGCUGUUUUGCGUCGCGGGAUCCAUUUCGGCGCAGGCGUGGGGCUUCUUCAUCGGGGCGACGCUCUCGAUUAAGCUCGCCGUCUUCAUCGGGCCCAUCCUGGCCGUUCUGUUCUCCGUAUUCGGCUUCUGCACCCGGUACGUGGACAUCACCCCGCUGUUCCAAUGGAUGUGGCACAUUAGCUACUACCGGGCCAGUUUCCACGGGAUCCUCAACUCGGUUUACGGCAUGAACCGGGACGACCUGUACUGUCCGGAAACGCAAAUCUACUGUCACUUCAAGAACCCCGUUCUGUUCCAGAAGGACAUGGACAUCGAGCACGUGGAUAUGGAGAAAAACUUCAUCCUGAUUGUGUCGAUCGUGAUAACAAUGUACAUCGGAACGUUGUUCGUGCUGUGGUACAAGUUGAACAAACGGUAGUGAUCUGCUGCAACGCAUAGUAUAUUGUUAAGGUACACUUUUUCUAGCAUUCGGGUAGAUUGUUUAAGUUCGGCUGGUACGAUGAUGAUAACGUGCAAUGAGUUUCCGAGGGGUUCCAUACGUCAAAUAUGCUGUCUUAUCAAUCAUUUAGCUACGUGCGAAACGAUUGACCUUUAAUCCUACCACUUGUCCAACGAUCUUGCCAUUGUUCCUUUACCAUUGAUCCCUUUCCCCCCUUGAAAGCCUACAUGAGUCUUCUUUCUCCUACUUAAAGCUAUCGUUCUGGGAAAAAGCACCAUUAACGAGAAUGUAAAGCAAUCGUCUGUGAUUACGUGAUAGCACAUUUUUCCUUACAUUGAAAGGUAUCGUAUUAAACCGUUAAUUUUAGCUACCAAUACCAAAAUCAUAUG